UAACAAACAGAUUGAAGUUUUUGGUUAAAGCUCCCAAGUGGAUUUUGUCAAAACAUUGAUCGUGUCAUGGCAAGGAAUAAAGAAUUUAUUGAUCUUAAAGCAACAUCAAGUAAGAAUUUGCUUCGACAAUUUGAAGCCAAGAGACAAAGGAUUGUAAAUGAACGCAAGCAAUAUGUGAUGCAAGGUGCAGCACGUAAUGACAAGGAGGAAACUAUGCCAAGGUUGGAUGUAGUCGAAAGUCAAAAAGAGUUGAGUGCAACCAAAGGAGUGAAGAAGUGUACGUCAAAGAAGCUGGAUUUUACUCAUUUACAAAGCACACUCAGCACAAUCAACAAAAGGAUGAAUUUCACGCAUGAAACCCUGGAAGUACAGCCAAGCAUUCCAGAAAGAAUCACUUGA